AUGCCGGACGAACUCAACUCGCCUCCGGAUGGCAUCAUCGAUGGCUAUCAUGGUCACAGCUUGACGAUUCGCAUUCUCAUGAUCGUCUUCUCGUCCAUCGCAUUGUAUAAUGCCAUUGAACUGUUCAUCCUCUUGUUUCUGACUUUUCAGCAUUAUCGUGGCCUCUACUUUUGGUCCUUGUUACUAUCCGUCGUGCUGGGUGUCAUCCCCCAUACGAUUGGCUAUAUUCUGGUAUUUUUCAACCUCGCGCCAACAUGGCUGUCACUCACGAUAUCCACCAUUGGCUUCUAUGUCAUGGUGCCGGGUCAGUCAGUAGUUCUAUACUCACGUCUCCAUUUGGUGGUCCAGAACAGUCGGAUCCUGCGAUUCGUGCUCUGGCUCAUCAUCGUUGACGCCUUUAUUCUUCUGAUCCCCACCACCAUCCUCACUUUCUCCACCGCCUAUGUCCAAACCCUUCCUUUCAUCCGAGGCUACAAUGUCGUAGAGCGCCUGCAGCUAGCUUGGUUCUGUCUCCAGGAGUUUGUGAUAUCAGGCAUCUACAUCCACGAAACAGUCAAAUUACUCAAAUUGAUGCCAAACAAAGAUCAGCGGCGAUCGAGGAUUAUGUACGAGCUGUUGGCUAUCAACUUUGUCAUUAUUCUGAUGGAUGUCGCCCUGCUCGUGGUCGAAUAUAUUGGAUACUACUCGCUGCAGACGACGUUGAAACCGAUGGUCUACAGCAUUAAACUGAAGCUCGAGUUUGGUGUCCUUGGAAAGCUUGUCUCCCUCGUGCAGACCAAUCGCUCCCAGCCCACAUCCACCGAGCAUGAAGAGUACCCAGGCUUUGUGGACCCGUCGCAGCUUACGUCGGACGUCACUCACGCCAUGCCGGCUGAAUCGCGCGUGCCUCGUGGUAUGAGUGCUUGGAACAACAUCUCCCUGGAGAGCUUGCCCAUGUCCGAACGACGAAUGCGCCCUUCGACGAAUUCGACCGAUAAUUCACAACCACCUUGA